AUGCAGCCCCGUUGUGAUGGGACGUAUCUUGUGCCACAAGAGGUCUUGGAAGCAUACCGGGAUCUCACCGAUGGAGGGAGGGAACGUGUGCAGAAGAUGUGGGCGCAAUCAUCAAAUGACAAGGACACCUUCAUCAAGAGCUGCAAGCGCAAAGUUCAAUCUAUCCAUGAGCAGGAUUUAUGGUUGGACGGAAACUUCAUGAGUGAGAAGGACAUGCAGGACGACAACAUAUCUGCGGAACGCAUCAAAGCCAUCAAAGAGACGUGUGCCAAGACCAAAGGUUGGAUUCGGCGUGACCGCUAUGAGAAGCACGUCAAAGUCUAUUGGGUUGAGAAGGGUUUGCAAGGCCGAAUGCUGAAGCGAAGGCGACAGGUUCUUGAGGAAGAGGAGGACUUGAACGAGUCUGACUAUCAAGAUGCCUUGAAAAAAGACACUUUCUUGCCCCAAAUGCAAGACAUGGAAGAAGAUGACACAGAUCCAACCGUGGUAAUUGAAGCUGAUGGCCAAGAUGGUGCCAAAGCUAUCCUCAAGAAGAUGACGUGGCCCCUCAUGGAUGAUGAUGCUCUUCCCAGCAGCUAUACCACCCGGGCCCAACAGAUUGAUGUUGAGCUGAUGAAGUUCACCGACAAGAUCACUGGCAUCAACACUCAGGGGAUCUGCAACGGUUUCAAGAGUGAGGAUCAAGAUGACUUAAGUGACAGCUAUGAUGAAGCCCGAACCAAGACCAAAACCCAUGCAGCCCAAGUUCCAACACUGCAUGGCAACAAGCUGGCUGUUUGCCAAGUGAUCAGCAGGGCUCAUCCAGGUGCGCCGAAGCUCUCAGCCUGUUCACGCGAGCCCAGCCACUUGACGAGGAAUUUGGUAUCCGAACCAGGGUGGGUUGAUGAGGUUGCCAAGCUCCGCAAGAUGGAGAAAGAUGCUGAGAAGGAGGAGAUGCCGCGUACACCAGCACCCAAGAAAGCGGUGAAGGCUGAGGCUCCUGCGAAAGCUUUGGUGGAUCAAGGCCAAGCUUUGCGAGCGGAGUUGGGCACCUGCGAUGUUGGACGGGUGCUUCAUGAUUCCACUCAGAGUGUCUUGCAUGGUCAUGAGACCAAUUCCUCCCGGCAAUUCAAAAGGGCUGUGGCUAGAUUCGGCAUGGCUAUGAUCCUCAUCUGA